AUGAGGAAUCAGAUUGCACUUGACGCAGAAAGAGGCUUAGAAUAUAUCCACGAACAUGCUAAAACUCAUUAUGUUCAUAGAGAUAUCAAGACUAGCAAUAUCUUGCUUGAUGAGGCAUUCAUGGCUAAGAUAUCAGAUUUUGGACUUGUAAAACUGGUGGAGAAAACUGGAGAGGGUGAAAUUUCUGUGACUAAAGUUGUUGGUACAUAUGGUUAUCUUGCGCCAAAAUAUCUAAGUGACGGUCUUGCCACCUCGAAAAGCGAUGUGUAUGCCUUUGGUAUGUUAACGGCUCUUAAGAACUCACCAGACUCUAUGAACAUGUUGAGUUUGAAGGAGUUUACCGAUCCCAACAUGAUGAACUUAUACCCGCAUGACUGUUUAUUCAAGAUUGCUAUGUUGGGGAAGCAAUGUGUAGAUGAUGAUCCAAUUCUUAGACCAAACAUGAAGCAAGUGGUCAUAUCGCUUUCGCAGACACUCUUGUCUUCUAUUGAAUGGGAAGCAACUGUUGCUGGAAACAACCAAGUCUUUAGUGGUCUUGUCCAAGGGAGAUAA